UGACAUUGAACUUGCCAAGAUUCAAUACUGUCAAUUUUGCUUAUAUGGCUAGCCGUAAAAUAAACAUAAUCUUGUAUUAGACUUCGAAGAGGGUGAUACGAAUGAGCAAUCUUUUAAGAUAACCGUUACAACGUUAAACUUCAACGGCCGUAUUGUUUCAAUUCAAAAAGAGCGAUAUAAAACACUUUGAAAAUGGCUGAAACUCCAGCAUCGCAACGUCUCAGCAAUGACGAUUUUCGAAAACUGCUAAUGACACCUAGGUCGACUCCUUCUAACACACCAGCUCCCGUAGGAUCUAUAAAAGAAGCCAUGAACAACCCAAAUUCCAUGCCACCCCCUAAAAUAGAAGACAAAUCUGAGGCGAGGCGUAAGAAAAAGAGUUAUUAUGCUAAACUCAAAAAACAAGAAGAUAAUAAAAUGGCAGAACUAGCAGAGAAAUAUCGAGAUCGUGCAAGUGAAAGACGGUCAGGGGUCAAUCCAGAUUAUCAAGUGGACGAUCCUAUAGCGACCGCGCAGGCAUAUCGAGCAGUGGCUCCAGACUUGAAAUCUGGUUUCGAUGCAGCAGAAAGAAGGCGACAAAUGAUUCAGGAGUCCAAGUUCUUGGGUGGAGACAUGGAGCACACUCACUUGGUGAAAGGUUUGGAUUACGCCUUGCUGCAGAAAGUGAGAAGUGAAAUAACACAAAUAGAGCAAGAGCAGGAAAUAGAACUGGAAAGAUUGGCUCACAAGUCUAUGGAAGAAAAGGAGAAGGAAAGAAAGGAUGCGCAGAAGAAAGAAGAAGAAGAAAUGAAGUUCAAAACCAAAAUUGGAAGAUCUAUUUAUCACACCAUGAAUUUAUUGAAAUCGAGGCACAUUGAACGCUCGGAAUUGUUUAUUCCUGGUAGGAUGGCAUAUGUUAUUGACUUAGAUGAAGAAGCAGAUAGUGAUAUUCCAACGACAUUGAUUAGGUCAGUUGCAGAUGUGCCAUCUUUCGAACUAACCACAACCGUCACAACAAAUGAUAUUGUAAUAAGCAAACUGACUCAAAUUCUCAGCUAUUUGAGAUUGGGUAGUCGGAAAAAUAAGAAGAAUAAGAAAGGACUGACAGAAAAUAUGAAGGACUUUGAAACUUUGGAGGAAGAAAGUGAUGGUAAAAAACCCCAAAAACGACCAAGACUUGAUGAUUCAAUUUACGAAGAUAUUGGAGAUUAUGUACCACCAUCAAAGACUAGUAGACACAGGGACAGAGAAGGAAAACGACAAUCCUAUUUUGAUAAACACGAAACAGAACCUGUCGACAAUGUUGGACCCACUUUCAGAGUGAAUAAAUCUGCUGAAAUUCUCACCAAAUUACAGCAGGAACCUGAGGGAUAUGCUGAGUGUUAUCCAGGUUUGGAAGAAAUGAAUGAUGCCAUAGAUGAUAGUGAUGAUGAGGUAGACUACUCCAAAAUGGAUCUUGGUAACAAGAAAGGACCCAUUGGAAGAUGGGACUUCGAUACUGCUGAAGAGUAUUCCGACUACAUGAACCAAAAGGAGGCCUUACCGAAGGCGGCAUUCCAGUAUGGUCUCAAAAUGGCAGACGGAAGAAGGUCGAGAAAACAUAAAGAUAAAAAUGAGAAGGCUCAUUUAGACAGGGAGUGGCAAAAAAUUCAAAAUAUGAUACAAAAGAAGAAAUGAAUUCUGUUUAUUUUGUUAAGCAAAUAUGUUUAUUGUAUAGCAGUUUUAUAAAAAGUAUAUCAAUUAUA